GUAUUUUGUCACAAGUUCUCAAGGGAUUUUACUCUGGUGGAGGAGGCUACAUGCUCGUCCCUUGUUCAUGGAUUCGUGGAAGCUGAGAAGCUAGCCGAGGCCGAGAAAGUUCUUCGAGUGAUGUUUCAGCAAGGGAUUUUUCCGGCUCCCUUGCUCUUCACCAGCGUCAUCCAGGGAUGGUGCAACGUUGGGAGAACUUUCGAGGCGGUGAAAAUUUUCUCCCUGAUGGAAGAGUGCCACUCUCCAUACCCGGACGUUUACAACGUUCUGAUAGACAGCCUUUCGAAGAGGCAGGAAACAGAGGCCGUAAAGAAGAUGGUGCAAGUGAUGGUGGACAGAGGGUGUUUUCCUGACUCGUUUACUUUCACCACCAUCUUGUGUGGGCUCUGCAAGGCUGGGAAGAUGGACGAGGCGGAGCUAGUUAUGGACGAGAUGAGAAGCAGGAUGAUACCACCUUACUUUGCAACAUCGAGCUUUCUGGCGCACGAGCUAUGCUUGCGAGGAAGCAUGGAGCGUGCCUUUCAGCUACUGGAGAUUAUGCCAGUUGCAAACUCUAGCGCCUACAACAUCGUCGUAGUGGCGCUUUGCAAGGCUGCCAGAGUGGACGAUGCCUUGGAGCUGGCGAGAACGAUGUCCGAGAAAAGAAUACCUCUCGCGGCCGGUUCUCUCGACUCUGUUCUUGUCGGGCUCAUGGAUUCCGGACGGAUAGACGAGGCGCUGCAAGUUUACAGGGAGAACAGGCGUGAGCCUUGUCUCGUCACCUUGAACGUGCUUCUCGAAGGAUUUUGCUCGCGAGGACAAGUCGACAAGGCUCGCGAGCUUCUCAGAGCGAUGCCCGACGAGGAGUGUGCUCCCGACGAAGUGUCCUACUGCACGGUUUUGGACGGGCUUUGCAAGGCCGGUCGCGUCGAGGAGGCAGUCCGGCUGUUUGGUGACAGAGAACUUCCGUCUAGUUCUUCUUCGAGUUCCUCGCCUCCAAGCCUCCGCGGAUACAAUAUCGUCAUCCUGGGACUGUGCCAAAACGAUAGAAUCGACGAGGCGGUCCAGAUGUUCGAGAAGAUGAACGAAAGAAACGUAUCACCGGAUAGCUGGAGCUAUGGUAUCCUCAUCGACGGCCUCGCCAAGGCAGGGAAACUUAACGACGCUCGCAACCUUUUCCAAAAGCUUCUACACUCGGGAGUGACUCCCUCGACGGUGGCCUACACGAGUCUCAUUCACGGGCUUUGCAUGGCCAACAGCUUCGACGAUGCUCGCGAGCUCUUCGCGGACAUGAACCGAAGAGGCUGCCCUCCAAGCCCGGUGACUUACAACGUUAUGAUCGACGCGAGCUGCAAGAGAGGAAUGCUGGAGGAGGCCUGCGACUUGAUUAAGAAGAUGAUAGAAGAUGGUCACGUCCCGGACGUGGUGACUUACAACACGGUCAUGGACGGGCUCUGCAAGUCCAGCCGAGUGGAAGAAGCUCUCCUCCUGUUCAACGAGAUGGAGCGCCUGGGCUGUACUCCAAACCGUCGCUCACACAACACUAUCAUCCUCGGCCUGUGCCAGCAGUCGAAGAUCGAUCAAGCCUGCCAAGUUUUCCACGAGAUGGAAGCGAAAGACAUACCACCGGAUAGCUGGAGCUACCGCUUCACCUUCAACAUCCUGAUCGACGCUCACUGCAAGAGAGGAAAGCUGGACGAGGCUUUCAGGCUGCUCAAGAGGAUGACCGACGAUGGCCACGUCCCGGACGUGGUGACUUACAGCACACUCAUCUCCGGGCUUUGCUCCAUCGCCAGAGUCGACGAUGCCCGCCACCUUUUGGAGGACAUGGUGAAGAGGCAGUGCAAGCCGACGGUCGUGACGCAAAACACUCUGAUUCACGGGCUGUGCAAGGCGGGCCGGAUCAAAGAAGCUCGAGAGGUGCUAGACGCGAUGGUUUCCAGCGGGCAAUCCCCGGACGUGGUGACUUACAACACGCUCGUCCACGGGCAUUGCCGGGCGGGGCAAACGGAGAGAGCCCGGGAGCUCCUCUCGGACAUGGUCGCCCGGGGGCUUGCUCCAAACGUGGUGACUUACACUGCGCUCGUCUCGGGGCUUUGCAAGGCCAACCGGCUACCGGAAGCUUGCGGGGUGUUCGCGCAGAUGAAGAGCUCCGGCUGCGCUCCAAACUUGUUCACGUACACUGCGCUGAUACUCGGGUUUUGCUCCGCGGGUCAGGUCGAUGGAGGUCUCAAGCUCUUCGGGGAGAUGGUCUGCGCAGGGAUCUCCCCCGACCACGUCGUGUAUGGGACGCUGGCAGCGGAGCUUUGCAAGAGCGGCAGGAGUGCUCGGGCGCUGGAGAUACUCCGCGAGGGGCGAGAGAGCUUGCGGAGCGAGGCGUGGGGUGACGAAGUGUAUCGCUUUGCCGUGGAUGGUUUGCUCGAGGCAGGGAAGAUGGAGAUGGCGCUGGGGUUUGUGAGGGAUAUGGUACGAGGUGGGCAGCUCCCGGCUCCGGAGAGGUGUGCUAGUUUGGUGGCGGGGCUUUGUAAAUCGGGGCAGGGAGGAGAGGCUCGAGCGGUGCUGGAGGAGAUUAUGGACUUGGCGUAUGGUGGGAAGGCACGAGGCAAGGCGGCCAAGUUUGUGGAAGAGAUGGUUGGCAAAGGAUAUGAGAUUGAAGAUGCAGUUUUGGGGCCUCUGAAGUAAAUUAAUUCUAGGUUUAAAGUUUAACAUGAUACCUUGACAUUUUUCAUGAAAUGUCAGAAUUCAUUUUUAUUGAAUAUCCUGAAGUUAUAUAUUA